AUGUCAGCUAUCGAAUACAGCAGCUUACUCUUUGAAGUAAGUCAGAGACUCGACGAAUUGAAUAUGCUGAAGAAGCUGCUAUUUAUGUGCAGGAAGAAGCUACCUCGUGGCAGCAACAUCGAGAAUGCCCUGGCGUUGUUCCAGACAUUGGAGGAACAGAAUUAUCUGGGAACUGAUCGAUUGAAGUUAGUGAAAGAGCUUUUGGAAGAGGUUGGAGAGUGGUCCCUUUUAGAAAAAGUGAAAACGUUUGAGAUCAAAAGAAAGAAGUAUAAAGCUUUGCUUGAAAAGGCUAGGUGUGCACUCGACGAACUCAAUGAUCUAGAGCGGCUGAUCACGAUUUGUAAAGGCAAAAUAUCAGAAGAAAGAGAAGAAAACAUCCAAGAUGUUCAGUCGUUGCUACAAAGACUAGAAGAUGAAGAGAUUCUGGGAAUAAGCUGCCUUGACAUUUUGAAAGAUCUUCUGGCAAUAACAGAGAAAGGCGAUUUGCUUCAGGAAGUGGAAAAGUUCGAAGAACGAAGGAAUCGGGAAGCUAAAUUUAAAAGUCAGAAAGGUGAGCUUGAGGCUGCUUUCUUGUUUUUAUAG